AUGCUGACCAGCGAGGGCCAGGGAUUCCUUCACUUUGGUUUGUGUCUCUGGUUGUGUAUGUUCAUACCUUUCUUUAAAGGCUCUGCAGGCUGUGCAUCUGAAGAGAGGCUCUUUCACAAACUGUUUUCUCAUUAUAACCAGUUCAUCAGGCCUGUGGAAAACGUUUCUGAACCGGUCACGGUGCAUUUUGAAGUGGCCAUCACACAGCUGGCCAAUGUGGAUGAAGUAAACCAGAUCAUGGAAACCAAUCUGUGGCUACGUCACAUAUGGAAUGAUUAUAAAUUGCGCUGGGACCCAAUGGAAUAUGAUGGCAUUGAGACUCUUCGUGUUCCUGCAGAUAAGAUAUGGAAGCCUGACAUCGUUCUCUACAACAAUGCUGUUGGUGACUUCCAAGUUGAAGGCAAGACAAAAGCUCUUCUUAAAUAUGAUGGCAUGAUAACCUGGACUCCACCAGCUAUUUUCAAGAGUUCCUGUCCUAUGGAUAUCACUUUUUUCCCUUUUGAUCAUCAAAACUGUUCCCUUAAAUUUGGUUCCUGGACAUAUGACAAAGCCGAAAUUGAUCUUCUAAUCAUUGGAUCUAAAGUGGAUAUGAAUGAUUUUUGGGAAAACAGCGAAUGGGAAAUUGUUGAUGCCUCUGGCUACAAGCAUGACAUAAAAUACAAUUGUUGUGAGGAGAUAUACACAGAUAUAACCUAUUCUUUUUACAUUAGAAGAUUGCCAAUGUUUUAUACCAUUAAUCUAAUCAUUCCUUGUCUCUUUAUUUCAUUUCUAACUGUGCUUGUCUUUUACCUCCCUUCUGACUGUGGUGAAAAGGUGACACUUUGUAUUUCAGUUUUGCUUUCUCUGACUGUGUUUUUGCUAGUAAUCACGGAAACCAUCCCAUCCACGUCUCUUGUGAUCCCACUGGUGGGUGAGUACCUACUGUUCACCAUGAUCUUUGUCACCCUGUCCAUUGUGGUGACUGUGUUUGUGUUGAACAUUCAUUAUCGCACCCCAAUGACACACACCAUGCCCAAGUGGGUGAAGACAGUUUUCCUCCAGCUGUUACCCCAGAUCUUGAUGAUGAAGAGGCCUCUGGACAAGAUGAAGGAGACAAGUUCAGAUAAAAAUUCCAAAGGCAUUUCUGGUAGGCCCACCAAAGUCAAUUUUGAUAAUUGCAGAGAGACCAAACUUCCUAAAGAAUGCUGCCACUGUCAUAAAUCAAGUGAGCUUGCCACCAGCAAGAGAAGAUUAAGUCAUCAGCCUUUACAAUGGAUGACUGAAAAUUCAGAGCACUCGUCUGAUGUUGAAGAUGUAAUUAACAGUGUACAAUUCAUAGCAGAAAACAUGAAGAACCAAAAUGAAACAAAGAAGGUAGAAGACGACUGGAAAUACGUAGCCAUGGUGGUGGACAGAGUAUUUCUUUGGGUGUUUAUAAUUGUCUGUGUGUUUGGAACUGCAGGGCUAUUUCUACAGCCACUACUGGGGAACACUGGAAAGUCUUAG